ACACUUACGCCGUUGCGUCUCUAUGUGUGCGGUGAACGCGCGCUGACACCGAGUCGCAAUUAGAGUUGGUAAACUGGUCGGACUUGCCGCGCGAGGAAGGUCGAGCUGCAUCGUCGGGUGUUGUAUGCGGGACGGAUUACCAGCGAAAUCGACAAGUGCCAUCGCGGUCCAAGGAGGAGGAGGAGGAGGAGAGCAAAGUUGUUCCGCGGCGGUGACCGUGAUAAAUACUACUACGUAUUCAGCAGCGAGCGCGACAAUGUCCGUGUUUAUGGAUUGUUAUCGUCAGUAGCGGGCUAACGCUACGCGUGAGGCAUUUGUGUCUUCUCGACAGUGCGUAUAUAUACAUCUCCGUCUCUCUCUCUCUCUCUUCUCUCUUUCCCUCCGCGCGCGAGAAGGAAACUGGCCACCCGCGGGCUGAGCAUCUGACGUCUCCUGUCAAAUUCGGGAGAAACUCCGGGAAAAACUCCUGCGUCCCUCCGCCGCUCCUGUGCGCUCUGUUUAACGUGCGUGCGCGUGUGCGAGCGUGUGUGCGUGUGUGUGGAGCGUCCGUUCGCUCGGCCUUCGCCGAAGAGACGUUUCAUUUUUCCCUCCGAGCUCAGUCUCGUAAUCACGAAGAAAGAAGGAACGCGCCUUUGUUUAUCGGCGGAUUCGUCGCAUUCGUCGCGUCGCGUCGCGUCGCGUCAACGCUCAACUCUCUCUCUCUCUCUCUCCCGCAUCUCGUGUGUGUCCCGUGUUCUCUCUCACUCCUCUCCCUCCUCUCGUAUCAAAGAGCGGGCGGCGCACGUAGGACAAAUACCUCAUCUGUGUGUGCGCGACUCCCCGGGGGAGUGAAGGACCUUGAUCUCGCGCUCGCCGUGAGCCCGCAACUGGAACUCGAUCGCCUUUUCCCCCAAAUCCUUAACCAGCUAUCUGUAAUGUGCAAGUUCAGCAACGAAGCCGGGAAGACCAGUACGUCGACAAUUAAUCUCGUACACUCGAAAAGGAAAGGAAUCUUCAUACACAUAAAAGAGAUGCUCAACGACCCGAUAAGUCCGCGAAGUCAAAGAAGCUACCUGACGUUUCGCUUGCACUGAACGGGCCCGGUCGUCGAGGAAUCUGAGCAAAACUUAUCCGAGAUUCGCCUGAACAGCGAGGACCCAGCGUGGGGUCAACGACGAGAUGUCAACGUUGUAAGUCGGGUGUAACCCGGCCGAAGGGGUGUAACCGACGCGAUCACUUUCCAAGUUUCCAAUCUCUCCGAGGCAGGAGCCCGCAGUUUUCUUUUCCGCAUUGAACCCGAGAGAUCGCUGUUAUCAAAGCAGAAUGAAGCUGCUGGAGAAUUCGCAUUUGGAAGCUAUAAACAGUGCCUUGUCCAUCAAGACCGGAGAUAGCAAGAUAAUCGGGAGGAUCGAGAGCUACUCCUGCAAAAUGACAGCCAACGACAAGCAGAUGUACAAACGGUAUAACGCGGAGCAGGGGGGCACGCCGCACGAUCUGCAAGCUCUGUCACCACCGCAGACGUCUUUGGGAACGUCCCCGGCUCAGGGAUGCUUGAGCCGUAGCGUUUCCGGUGACGAAGAGGGUCCGCUGUGCGACACGAUCAGCAGGAAGACGUUGUUUUAUCUGAUCGCCACGUUGAAUUCGACCUUCAAUCCGGACUACGAUUUCUCGGACGCCAAGAGCCACGAGUUCAGCAAGGAGCCGAGCCUGCAGUGGGUGAUGAACGCGGUCGACGGCAAUCUCAACGCUACCGCGGGCGAUCACUAUCGGUCAUUGCGCUCCGCUCUCUGGGCGGCCGUCGACAAAGAGAUAUCGUUGCACGGGUGUGAUAUUUACAGUUACAAUCCAGACUUCGCGUCGGAUCCUUUUGGGGAAGAUGGAUGUCUGUGGUCCUUCAAUUAUUUCUUCUACAACAAAAAGCUGAAGCGCAUCGUAUUCUUCACGUGCCGAGCGAUAAACCCUCUCUACGUGCCGGAUUCCGGAUUUGGUAGCGACUUCGCCAUGGACGAGGAUGACGAAGACGGCUAUUAGAUUAUUUUUGCGCGUGCACACACACACAUACACACCACACACACACACACACACACACACACACACACACACACAUAUGAAUUCAUGUUUGCAAUUCUUAGUCCACAAAUUUUGACUCUCUUCGUACUACUUUUAUUUUUAUUAUAAAUCAGUCAAAAAUAUUUUUUGAAUAUGGCUUUUAGAAUUUCUGUGUUUGACACUAAUAUGUCACUAAUAUGUCACUAUGCGACAAAAAUCUCUUAGAUUGACUUAGAUGAUAAAAGUCUUAUACUUUCGUAGUUUAUUAAGCGACACUGACGUUGAAUACCUUUCAAUGAAAAAUCUCUCACAAGGAAUAAUCAUUUCCUUUAAGAAGUAGAUUAUAUGAUACCAUAUUAUCCCUUUAUGAAAGAUCCUUGCAAAUUUAUUAGAGCAAGCUAUAAGAAUUCUUCUCUGUCUUUGUGAUGUAUUACGUUAUCAUACUCUCGAUAUAAUAUUAAACAUAUAUUUUGAAGGCAAAUUGUACGUAAUAAAAUCCAAUAAUAAUUCUGUUACAUGUAA